GGCUACGCAUGAGCGCACCCCGUCUCGCUCGCACGCACGCGCAUGCCCCUGGCUACGCUACUCUCCCUCUCUGACACGCAGGCGUUGGAACUGUGUGGAACAGCUGCAACUGAGCGGCUGGCAUGGAGGACAAUCGGCAAUCCUUGUGGCUCGUGGCGUGGGAACCGACCUGAAAAUGAUGAUGGCAUAAUGCGGCCUCUGCCUCGAUCCCUGCUUUCCACGUUCCCAUUGCCCGAUGAGUGUUUAUUGGGCACAAUUAGUGUGGCAUAUUGGCUUCGUUUGGCUUUGGCUUUGGCCUCUGUCUCUGCCUUGGCCUGCCAGGUCAGGCGGACGCUGAAAGCGUGGCAGCGCGUGGACCGCGGACCGGGCAAAGGUGAUCGCUGGGUGCACUGGGUUAUCGGUGGGCUUACUUGCAAUCCUCCCCUCGACCUCUAA